UGAUUUUCUGUUCCGUCCUUUGUGCGAUCCAAAGACCGGUAACUAUCUCCCCAAGCAGUGCAAAGAUGAGAAACAUUGUUUCUGUGUGAAUGUACUUAAUGGUCUCAAAUUAAGCAAGGAAGAAAAACCAAAUUCUCAGACUACUUGUGAUGAUGUAAUCUCUAAAAAUUCUCUCAAAUUCCCUUUAAAAUUUUAUCCUAAAGGGACAUUUUGAUUUUUCAAUUAGCGGAGGAAUGCUUACCAAGAGUGAAAAAUUACCAAGUGGUAUAACUAUUGAACAGCGUAUUCCGAUUGGAAAUCCCCUUUGCAAAUUGCCUAAAGACUCAGGUGAAAACCGAUGCAACGGUAAAGGAAAAGGAGUAAAGUGGUAUUUUGAUGUUGAUACAUUUGAGUGUUUAGCCUUUAACUAUAACGGUUGUGGUGGAAAUAAAAAUCGGUUUGAUUCAGUGACCGAGUGUUGGGAUCAGUGUAAACUAGCUGAUAUGGCCGGAUGCGCAGGGAUGACACUUCCUGCAACAAAUUCUCAUGGACAUACAAUUGUAUGUUCUAGUAUGGAAGCAGGAAGUGCCCCCAUACAAAGCUGUCCGGCUGGUUAUCGUUGUACAAUGCUUGCGUUUAUGGGGUUAUUUUAUCUUUUGAGAUAUUAA